CAAAGCUCGAAUUGCUGCCAAAUCUUUCAAACGCAUAGGAGAUACGGAGAAGGUUUUUCCAUCCAGAAAAAAACAUUCUCCUUUGGAGAAUUCAAUUUCAGCCACUGCACGGCAUACUUUUCAAGCACAAUGCCAUGAUUUGGUGAAGAAAAGGGAUGAUGCUUCGCCCGUUGAAUAUAUGUAUUCUUUCUACGAGCCGGUGAUUGUCGACGUGUUGAAAUGCAUAAUUUGUUCGAAUAUUAUUUUCGGUUACGCUCGAGAAUGGACGAAUCGCUACCAACACUCGAAGCGACUACUGAAAUUUUCAUUGCUGAACGAACCCUCAACAUUCUUAUUAUCUUCCUGACAGUCCUGGGCUCGGUUAUACUCAUUCCAACCGCAUACCUUCGAUGGAGACAUGGAAGACUCAAGGAGACCGAAGUCAUCUUUAUCGUGGCAGGAUAUCUCUUUUUCCUUGCACAUGAGAUUCUUCUUCUCCAGAUCCUGCCGAUGAUAUAUCGUCUGGGAUAUGUUGCCAAUAGAUUAAUGGACCCGUAUCCGGCCAUACUCGAGGAAAGGCACUCGGCUGUCCUUUUGACGAUUGUAUCAACCAUCAUCUUCUUUUCCGCCCUCUGGUGCAUAAAAAUCUCACUCCUUUUCUUCUUCCGCCAGUUGAUGAAGGGACUACCGAACGAGUUGAUCUUGUGGGGGGUGGUUUUUGCCUAUACAAUAGUUACCUAUAUUUUCUCUUUUCUCAUGGCCUUAAUGGCAUGCGGCGGGCCUUCCCAGAUUAGCAAGACGCUCAACCGAUAUUGUACCAAGCCACACGAGAGUUUGACGCGCAACAUCAGCUUGUUCGGUGGAUUCGCCGCUGAUUUGUCCACUGAUAUACUGAUUACGAUUCUGCCAUUACGGCUUAUCUGGGGACUACAUAUUUCCAGACAACGCAAAAUCGCAGUCUGCGCGAUGUUCUCCGUUGCCAUCUUGUGCAUGAUAACGGCGAUAAUUCGUCUAGUUCAAAUCAACUCCAAGACGGGAAUCACGAAUCCGAAUGUCCAAUGGGUCGCUCUUUGGGGUACGGUAGAAGCGACUACUGCUAUAAUCGUUGGCUGCCUUCCCACGUUCCGCUUCCUCCGUAAGACUUCCAGAGCUACCGGUGCCUACUAUUCACAGAAAGGCUCUGGUCAGAGCUCGGGGCAGCGACCAACAGGGAAUACCCCGAGUAUUCCGUUGAAGACAUACAUACCCCGAAACAGCCUUCGACAUAGUGCUCUAGAGGUCUCAUCGUCAAUGGAGAGCUUAGCUCCGACCAACAGAACCCCUAGUGCCCCAUCUCAUUUACGACAAAGAGCUGAUAUUUAGAUUGCGUUA